AUGAAAGCACUUGCCACCAAAGGGUACAUUGAGCCCAUCCGUGCACAUAUCGAGGCGGGUAAGCCGUAUAUGGGCAUUUGUAUAGGAAUGCAGGCGCUGUGCCUGGGGUCGGACGAGUCACCCGGCGUGCCUGGACUUGGCAUUGUGCCGGCGCGCGUCGGCCGCUUCAGCCCGGAGGACGUGGAUGGCCUGCAAAAAGCUGUGCCACACAUGGGCUGGAACACUGCGCAGAUUCCCGCAUUCGCGACGCCGAGCGGCCCCGUGGACGGCGAGGCGUUUGGGCGUACGUACGGAUCCGCGAAAGAAGAGCACUACUACUUUGUGCAUUCUUACCGCGCAGCAUUUGGUCCUGAACUAGCCGACUGGACGCUAUCGACGACCACCUAUGGCACCGAGACGUUUAUCUCGGUUGUGCAGCACCGCAACAUUUUCGCGACGCAGUUCCACCCUGAAAAAAGCGGCGCAGCGGGCCUGCGCAUCCUCGACGCCUGGCUCAAGCUGGACGGAACGCCACAGACUUCCGCCGCUCUAGGACCGCGUACGCUCAUGCACACGCAGGACGUGAUGUUUACCCUUCCCACGCGUCGCAUAGUUGCGUGCUUGGACGUACGAAGCAACGACCAGGGCGACCUUGUGGUGACCAAAGGCGAGAGCUACGAUGUGCGUGGAGGUACUGAGGCCGGCGCCAAGUCGGAGGUGCGCAAUAUGGGGAAACCCGUGGAGCUCGCGCAGCGGUACUAUGCCGAAGGCGCCGACGAAGUCACUUUCUUAAACAUUACCUCUUUCCGCAACUGGGCGCUCGACGACCAGCCCAUGCUGUCGCUGCUCAAAGUCGCCGCGAACACCAUCUUUGUGCCGCUCACUAUCGGUGGCGGUAUCCGCGACUUUACCGACCCCGACGGCACCUUUCACCCCGCCCUCGGCGUAGCCCAUGCGUAUUUCCGCGCAGGUGCCGACAAGGUCAGUAUCGGCAGCGAAGCCGUGUAUGCUGUCGAGCAGCUGCUGCAGCGGGCACUGGCGCUGAAUGGCGCUACGGACCCCCGCGAUGCUCCGGACGCGGCACUCGAGAGCGAUACAGGGAUCGAGCAGAUCGCUUGGCAGUACGGCGUGCAGUCUGUGGUCGUAUCUGUCGACCCACGACGAGUGUAUCUUGAAGAAGGCGAGGAUAUAGAUCCUGCACACAGCGCCUGUGUCGUCUCUGGCACGGACGAGCGCCCUGGAAAGCAGGGAAACGCACGCUGGUGGUACCAAUGCACCGUGAAAGGCGGGCGCGAAGCGAGGAAUCUUGAUGUCCUGCAGCUUGCACGCGGCGUCGAGCGCCUCGGUGCUGGCGAGCUGCUGAUCAACAGCAUCGACCGCGACGGCAGCAAUGCUGGAUUCGACACGCAGUUGAUCGACCUAAUCCGCUCGCAUGUUUCGAUCCCCGUGGUGGCGAGCAGCGGUGCGGGCAGCGCACAGCACUUUAGCGAGUUGUUUGCAAAGCGCGAGGCUACGGGAAAAGCAACUAUCGAGGCAGCGCUAGCUGCGGGUAUUUUUCAUCGCAACGAGGUGCGGAUUCGCGACGUGAAGGACUCGCUUGUGCGCGAUGGAUUUGUCGUGCGCACGAGCGACGGCGCAAUAUAG